UGGCUCUCAGAAUAUACAAUCUUAGUUGCCAUUGAACUGAAGAAAAUUUGAAACCUAGAAGAAUAAUUUUAGUUUCCAUUAACCUGUUUCCUUCUCUCUCUCUCUCUCUCUCUUUUUAAGGCCGAAUAGGUUAGUUCAGUUGUCAACCCCAAAAUAGAGGUUAAUUCAUUAAUUAUCAGCUCCAGCCUUCCAUGACGGAGCUUCAUACACUACACCGUUGUAUGUAUACAAUAUAAAAGAGAAGCUAAAGAACAGAGUCGGUUAAAAGGCGAAAGAAAAGAAGGUCUAAACUUUGCCGCAGCGUAAAGGCGAAUCUUCCCGAAGAUUUCCUCACGCCAGCCCUUCUUCCAGCGCUCUCCCUCUCUACCCGUCAUGCAGCUAUAUCAUCAUCCAUACUCAAUGGACAGCCAGAAAGUGCGGCUAGCAUUGGAAGAGAAAGGGAUCGAUUAUACAUCAUACCAUGUUAAUCCUCUGACAGGAAAGAACAUGGAUGCCUCGUUCUUCCGCAUGAACCCAUCUGCAAAACUUCCUGUCUUCCAAAAUGGUGCCCACAUCAUUUUUCAAGCCAGUGAUAUAAUUCAGUACAUAGACAGACUCACAGUCUCUCUAAAUGGUGAGGAUAAACCCAUUAGUAGUGAAGUUGUGGAAUGGAUGCACAAGAUCGAAGGUUGGAGUUCCAAGAUAUUCACCCUCUCUCAUGUCCCAGACAAGUAUCGCCUAUUUGUUUCCAAAUUUGUUCGGCGCGUAGUGAUUGCUCGCAUGGCCGAAGCUCCAGAUCUAGCCACUAUGUAUCAUCUGAAACUUCUAGACGUCUAUGAUGCAGAAGACAAAGUGAAGGAUCCUGAUAUUGUGAAACGGAGCGAGGAAAAACUGGCUGAGCUCCUUGAUAAUGCAGAAAUGCAACUGAAUGAGACAAAAUAUCUUGCUGGUGAUGAAUUCACCAUGGCUGAUUCGAUGUUUAUUCCAGUGCUGGCUCGUAUAACUCUUCUAAAUCUGGAAAAGAAGUACAUAAAUUGUAGGCCAAAUAUAGCAGAGUACUAUAACUUGGUGAAGCACAGACCUAGUUACAAAGCGGUCAUUGGUAAGUAUUUCUCAGGAUGGAGAAAGCACCGGACAUUUAUGAAGACCUUGUUCAUUCUUGCCAUAAGAAGCAUGUUUAGAAGGUAUUAGAGAUUGGCACUACCAAGGGUUGUUUGGGAGAAACAUCUGAAGGCUGCUGAAUGAAGCACCGGACAUUUAUGAAGACCUUGUUCUUUCUUAGCAUAAGAAGCAUGUUUAGAAGGUACUCGAGAUUGGUACUGCCAAGGGUUGUUUGGGAGAAGCAUCUGAAGGCUACUGAAUGAAGGAAAGAAAUGUAUAAUAGAAGCAACUGCUGGAAUAUUAGUGAAACGUGUUCCUCUGAUAUUUUUUGAAGGAACUUUUUGAAUAACAAACCAAGGGUGUUCUUGGUGAGAUCAGAUCCAGUUGGUUACAUUGACUGGCUCUCUAGUAGAUCGCAUGGUUUGCUGCUUCUCUCUCCUUAAAUUGUGUUCUUAUCUUCCAUGUACAAGAAAAGCCAUCCUUUUGUACAUUGAUGUUUUUUCUUCUAUCGCGAGAUCCAUCUCUUGUGAAGGUGGCAAUAGUGUUGCCAUGUAUUUUCUUGAACUCUUUGUUUUUAAAUGUAUUGUCUAGAUCUAUAGUGCUUCAUCUGAAAUGAGUAUUUAGUUGUUGCUAUUUUCGCACCAUGAACUUUACGUGUGCCCAACUGCUUUUGAUAGUUCAUGGAAUCUAUGGAUUUUCUUGCUUCCUCAGGUACAUGUGAUAUAUAUUGGUUGGUGGUCAUUGGCAGCAGAGAGGUGCUUACCUCAUGCCCAGGCAAAGGCAAUUCCACGAGAUGGAAAAGUUAAGCAGCUGGUUGAUCCAUCUUUGGGCACUAAAUAUAGCGAUGAUCAAUUGAAGCGGUUGAUUCUGGCUGCUUCCCUCUGCAUCAAAAGAGUUCCUCAGUCUAGUCCCAGCAUAGCAACUCUAAGAUCUCAAUUACCUUCCACUUCUCAUAAUUCAGCUUUACUAGUCGUUCAUCAAGUUUUGAUUAAUGUGUACUCUUUUGGUCUCUUGAUGCGUGUGUAAUGGGUGAUCGUGUUGUUUCUCUUUUUUUUAUUUUUUGGAAGUAUUGUUGUUUCUCUUGUUUAAUCCUUUUGUUAAUUACAGGAGGAUUUGGGAUGAGAGAAGGCAUGCUAUGCCCUCCUCCUUUUCUCUUUUUA